CAUCAAUCCGCGCGGCCAGCAGGGCGGGACCCGAGCGCGACAGCGCGGCCGGCGGACCCAGGCUAGCUUGUGGGGAAACGAAACUGAGGGAGGUGGCGGCGGCUCUGGCAGCGGCAGGGCCAGGCCUGGUGGCGGCAGCAACGGCAGCCUGACGCCCACCCCGCUCCGCUCCCUGGCAGCUCACCCUCUCCCCUCAGCUAACCAUGAAAAGGAGGAGUGAUCCAGAAUGCACUGCUCCAAUCAAGAAGCAGAAGAAGAGAGUUGCAGAGCUUGCCCUGAACCUCAGCUCUACAUCUGAGGAUGAGCCUCCCUCUUCUAUCAAUCAUGCAGCAAAAGCAUCUACCAAAAGCCUUAGUGGGUCUGACAGUGAGACUGAGGGGAAGCAGCACUGCUCCGACUCUUUUGAUGCGUUCAAAGCAGACUCUCUUGUGGAGGGAACUUCUUCUCGCUAUUCCAUGUAUAAUAGCGUCUCUCAGAAGCUUAUGGCUAAGAUGGGCUUCAAGGAAGGCGAAGGAUUGGGUAAAUACAGCCAGGGUCGGAAGGACAUCGUUGAGGCGUCUAAUCAAAAAGGUAGAAGAGGCUUGGGUCUGACACUGCAAGGCUUUGACCAAGAAUUGAAUGUGGACUGGCGAGAUGAACCAGAGCCCAGUGCCUGUGAGCAGGUGUCAUGGUUCCCAGAAUGUACCACCGAAAUUCCUGACACUCAGGAGAUGAGCGAUUGGAUGGUUGUGGGAAAGAGAAAGAUGAUUAUUGAAGAUGAAACAGAGUUUUGUGGGGAAGAGCUACUCCACAGCAUGUUGCAGUGUAAGAGUGUGUUUGAUGUCCUGGAUGGGGAGGAAAUGCGGCGAGCUCGGACCCGGGCCAAUCCCUAUGAGAUGAUCCGAGGAGUUUUCUUCCUAAACAGGGCGGCAAUGAAGAUGGCUAACAUGGAUUUUGUGUUUGAUCGCAUGUUUACAAAUCCACGGGACUCUUAUGGGAAGCCCCUGGUGAAGGACCGGGAAGCCGAGCUUCUAUAUUUUGCUGAUGUCUGCGCAGGCCCAGGUGGUUUCUCAGAGUAUGUGCUGUGGAGGAAGAAGUGGCACGCAAAGGGAUUUGGGAUGACUCUGAAGGGCCCUAAUGACUUCAAGUUGGAGGACUUCUACUCGGCCUCCAGUGAGCUCUUUGAACCCUACUAUGGCGAGGGUGGGAUCGAUGGAGAUGGAGAUAUCACCCGUCCAGAGAACGUCACUGCUUUUCGGAAUUUUGUCUUGGAUAACACAGACCGCAAGGGUGUCCACUUUCUGAUGGCUGAUGGGGGCUUCUCAGUGGAGGGGCAGGAGAACCUUCAGGAGAUCCUCAGCAAGCAGCUGCUGCUCUGUCAGUUUCUCAUGGCACUAUCUGUUGUCCGGACAGGAGGCCACUUCAUCUGUAAAACCUUUGACCUGUUCACCCCAUUCAGCGUGGGGCUCAUCUACCUGUUGUACUGCUGCUUUGAACGAGUAUGUCUCUUUAAGCCAAUUACCAGCCGUCCUGCCAACUCAGAGAGGUACGUGGUGUGCAAGGGCCUGAAGGUGGGCAUAGAUGAUGUGCGGGAUUACCUCUUCUCAGUCAAUAUUAAACUCAACCAGCUGCGCGACACUGAUUCUGAUGUCAACCUUGUGGUCCCCUUGGAAGUGAUUAAGGGAGACCAUGAAUUUACUGACUACAUGAUGCGGUCCAACGAGAGCUACUGUAGUCUUCAGAUCAAAGCUCUGGCCAAAAUCCAUGCCUUUGUUCAAGACACGACCCUGAGUGAGCCUCGGCAGGCAGAGAUCCGGAAAGAGUGCCUCCGACUUUGGGGGAUCCCAGACCAGGCUCGAGUUGCUCCUUCUUCUUCAGACCCAAAAUCCAAGUUCUUUGAGCUCAUCCAGGGCACUGAGAUUGACAUCUUCAGCUAUAAGCCCACACUGCUCACUUCCAAAACCCUGGAGAAGAUCCGCCCUGUGCUUGACUACCGCUGCAUGGUGUCUGGCAGCGAACAGAAGUUCCUCAUUGGUCUGGGGAAGUCCCAGAUCUACACAUGGGAUGGCCGCCAGUCAGACCGCUGGGUCAAGCUGGACCUGAAGACAGAGCUGCCCCGGGACACUCUGCUCUCUGUGGAGAUUGUCCAUGAGCUGAAAGGGGAGGGAAAGGCCCAGCGGAAGAUUAGUGCCAUCCACAUCCUUGAUGUCCUUGUGCUGAAUGGCAGUGAUGUGAGGGAGCAGCAUUUUAACCAAAGAAUUCAGCUUGCAGAGAAAUUUGUGAAAGCUGUUUCCAAGCCCAGUCGGCCUGACAUGAAUCCCAUCAGGGUGAAAGAGGUAUACAGGCUGGAGGAGAUGGAGAAGAUUUUUGUCAGGUUAGAAAUGAAGAUCAUCAAGGGCUCCAGUGGCACACCGAAGCUCAGCUACACAGGGCGGGAUGACCGGCACUUUGUGCCCACUGGCCUCUACAUCGUCAGGACAGUGAAUGAACCAUGGACCAUGGGAUUCAGCAAAAGCUUCAAAAGAAAGUUCUUCUACAACAAGAAAACCAAGAUCUCUACCUUUGACCUCCCUGCAGACUCCAUUGCUCCAUUUCACAUCUGCUACUAUGGCCGGCUCUUCUGGGAAUGGGGGGAUGGCAUCCGUGUGCAUGACUCCCAGAAGCCCCAGGAUCCAGACAAGUUGUCCAAGGAGGAUGUCCUCUCUUUCAUCCAGACGCACAGCGCCUGAGGACCCCACCCUGCCAGAUGCCCCGUUGUGCCCUGAGUCAGGGCGCUUUGCAUGGGGCCCACAGCGCUGGUUCCUCCCCGUCUUGGGAAGGGACUGGGAGCAGUCACUGCAGCCUGGCCUUGGGGGUGGGGCUCUUCUCCCCAUCUUCCCCAGAACUCAGUCGGGGGCCUUCAGAGGACACUCACACGUUCCUUCUGGGACAUCUGGACCUCUCUCCCUGGAGACCUGCCUGGGAAUACAGGAUGCUGCUCCUCCAGCAGGUUGGAGGUCAGAGCCCGGGGCACAAGGGGCCAGUGGAGGACGUCAGCGGCAGGGGCGGUCUGCUCCCAUAUCCUGUACUCACUUUUCUGAGUUCUGUGUACUGCCCUGAGGGUGGCAUGCACCCUGCUUUGCCCACCUUUUUAUUGGGCCAACCCUGAGUGGGUGGAAGCCCACUGUCGUGAGCUGGCCAGGAGCAGCUGCUGUACAAAUCAAGGUUUUGUUUUUUUGAA